AAGGCAAGAAAGGGUUGUAAAGUACACUGGUAGCUCAUGGCAACUGGUUUCUUGCCACGCUCAUUGUUAUCUUCAUCAACACUACAAAAUGAAUUGUAUAGAUUUCCCUCACAGAGAGCCCUUCGAGUCCAUACUCCUAUCAAUUUGCAGGUCCGGUUCUCGGUGACUGCAGAGGCUUCCAAUUUAACGGAGGACAGACGGACGGCCAAUUAUCAACCAAGCAUUUGGAGUUAUGACUAUUUGCAAUCCUUGAACAAUGACCAUGUGGAAAAUUUGCUUAACUUUCACCAACACGAGGCCCGAGUAAGGCUGGUACAGAGGCAUUGGAAACUGAAGACAAAUCAAAAAACAGCUAAUGGGCAUAUGACAGAACUGCAAAAUUUCCGGCUAUCAAUUACCAACAUGCAGCCAGAGAAAUCCUCAACAAUGGAAAAUUGGAACUUAGCAUCUGCGAUUGCUAUCUAAGACUAAAAAUAGCUAGGAUAAGCUCUUCUUCUGUUAUCUAACAAUGAUAUUAUUGUCAAUUUAUAGGUAGAGACGUACAAAAAAAAGGCAACUAAGCUGGAGGCAGCGGUGAGACGCAUGAUUACGGAUGAAAAUGCUGAGCUGCUAGUUGUUCUUGACAUUAUCGAUAAUGUUCAAAGGUUAGGAUUGGGAUACCGGUUCGAGAAUGAGAUAAGGAGAGCCCUUGACAGAUUUGUGUCUUCUGGGAUAUUUGAUGCCGCGGUGAAUAAUGGCCUCCACGCUACUGCUCUUAGCUUCAGACUUCUUAGAGAACAUGGCUAUAAGGUCUCUCCAGAUGUGUUAAUGAAAUUCAAGGGUGAAAAUGGAAAUUUCAAGGAAUGCCUUGCGGAGGAUGUAAAGGCAAUUUUGGGUCUAUAUGAAGCCUCAUUUCUUGCUUUUGAAGGAGAAAAUCUGUUGGAUGAGGCUAAUAAAUUUGCAAGAUUACAUUUGAAGGGCCUCAAAGAAAAAGAAAACAUAGGCAAAGAUAUUGUUGAACAAGUGAAUCAUGAAUUAGAGCUUCCUUUGCAUCGAAGGACGCAACGGCUGGAGGCUUUGUGGAGCAUUGAAGCAUACAGUAAAAGGGACGAUGCAAAUCAAGCACUGCUCGAACUUGCUGUAAUGGAUUUCAACAUGGUUCAGUCAAUACACCAAAGGGAUCUUCGAGACAUGUCAAGGUGGUGGAGGAAUAUGGGACUUCCAAAUAAGCUGGACUUUGCUAGGGACAGAUUAACAGAAAGCUUCUUUUGGGCAACUGGAAUGGUAUUUGAACCUCAAUACAGUAAUUGCCGUAGAGCUUUGACAAAGGCGGCUAAGUUAAUAACUCUCUUGGAUGAUGUAUAUGAUGUCUAUGGCACUUUGGAUGAGUUGGAGCUGUUUACAGAUGCCGUUCAAAGAUGGGAUGUCAAUGCAAUCAAUACGCUUCCAGAUUAUAUGAAGUUAUGCUUCCUAGCUCUCUACAAUACUGUUAAUGAGAUGACUUAUGAAGCCCUUAUGGAGACAGGAGAGAACAUUCUUCCUUACCUAACAAAUGCAUGGGCUAAUUUAUUGAAAACAUUCCUACAAGAAGCAAAGUGGUUUUACAAUAAAUCUACACCAACAUUCGAGGAAUAUCUUGAAAAUGCAUGGAUGUCAGUAUCAGGACCCCUUUUAUUAGUUAGUGCCUAUUGCUUUUUGAGUAAGAAAAGUACAAAACAGGAGCUUGAAAACUUAGAAAAGAACCACAAUCUUUUACGUUGGCCCUCCAUCAUCUUUCGGCUCUGCAAUGACAUGGGCUCUUCUUCGGCCGAAUUAGAGCGAGGUGAAACUGGAAAUUCGAUUACCUACUACAUGAAUGACAAUGGUGUUACUGAGGAAGUUGCAAAGCAGCAUGUGAGGAAUUUAAUUGACGAGACAUGGAAGAAAAUGAACAAAGAAAGAAUUGAAAAUUCAAUCUUGGCAAAGCCUUUUGUUGAAACAGCUUUUAACCUUGCUCGAAUAGCCCAUUGCAUAUACCAGUAUGGAGAUGGGCAUAGUGCUCCAGAUGAAAGAUCAAAGAAACGUGUCGCAUCGGUGAUAAUCGAGCCUCUUUCACUUAAAGAUAGAUAAAACGACAUACUUUGUCUAGUACUAAUUUACAUAAAAAAAUAAAGAAAGGACAGAAGCUAGGUAUAUAUGUUUAACUAAUGUGGAAAUCAUGGUUAUGGUAUUCCAAGCCAAAAAGUCAACAUUUUUUUUCCCACUUCUUAUAGAUUAAUUGAUUGAUAAAGAACAAAA